AUGCCCAUAAGGUCGAUCAAUCAUAAUUUCGCUUCGUUGCCUAAGGUUAUAUUUAAUUUUCCAACUCUUCAAAUGUUGAAUGAUGAUUAUCUCGCAAGAUUGCCAGUGGAAACGCUGAACACUAUCAUGACCUAUUUAAGUGAUGAUGAGCAGAAAAAUCUUUCUCAGACAUGCAAAUGGCUAUUUAGGAUAGUAAGAAAGUAUAAAUUCGGUUUUGUCGCACCCUUCUGGGAGGUUGUCAAUUUUGGAAACGUCGACGGUGUCGACUCCGAUUUGAUCGCCUCCAAUUACCGGGAUGGU